AUGGGCUCGGUAUUACCCGUGGAAACCGUGGUACUCACGCCUGGAUUCAAAUCUCAGAGUCGCUCUUUAUGUGAAAUCAUCACAUCAGACAUCCUGCAUAGUUUUCUGUACGGACGGUGGAGAAAUGUGCUCGGUGAACACCUUCUUCAAGAGAAACAGUAUCACAAUACCAUCAGUCCCAGAACGGCCUUCACUGCUGAAGUUCUUGCGCAAUCUUUCGUCGGUGAGGUUCAGAAGCUGUCUAGCCUUGUAUUACCCAGUGAAGUGAUCAUUGCACAGAGCUCCAUCCCAGGAGAGGGCUUAGGGAUUUUCUCCAAGACUUGGAUCAAAGCAGGCACAGAGAUGGGCCCCUUCACCGGCAGAGUCAUCUCUCCUGAGAAUGUGGACUUGUUGAAGAACAACAACCUCAUGUGGGAGGUGUUUAAUGAGGAUGGCACAGUGCGCUGUUUCAUUGAUGCCAGCCAGGACAAUCAUCGCAGCUGGAUGACCUACAUCAAAUGUGCUCGCAACGAGCAGGAGCAAAACCUGGAGGUCGUGCAGAUUGGCAGCAGUAUUUUUUACAAAGCUGUGGAAACCAUACCUCCAGACCAAGAAUUACUUGUAUGGUAUGGGAACUCCUACAACACAUUCCUGGGUAUUCCAGGUGUUCCGGGCACAGAGGAUGAGCAUCAGAAAAAGAUCAGAAAUGAUGAUUCCCACUCAUGUGAUGGCUCCUCUUCGUCUGUGCCUCCCCCCCCAUCUUCCUUGUCUGUGGCAAGUCGAAUGCGUUGUGUCAUCUGCCACCGUGGCUUCAACUCACGCAGCAACUUGCGCUCACAUAUGCGUAUCCAUACUCUGGACAAGCCCUUCAUGUGCCGCUUUUGCAACCGCCGCUUCAGCCAGUCAUCCACACUGCGUAACCAUGUCCGUCUGCAUACCGGUGAGAGACCCUACAAGUGCCAUGUCUGUCAAAGUGCGUACUCCCAGCUGGCAGGCUUGCGAGCACACCAAAAGAGCGCUAGGCACCGGCCUGGAGGUACUGAACCUGAGGCAAGCCAGUCUUCACCACACCCUUCUCAGAUAACCCCCCUUCCCCAUCCUGUGCCCCUGGUUCAUCACAUACCUGCAGUUGUCCUCUGA